CGUUCUUCUAACCAUCGUACUAAUCUCUUUCCAUGCGGUCAUACUCUUACCCAUUCGUAUUUCAUUAUCUCAAGUAAACAAAGAAAAGGACUAUCUAGAACGCUGGAUCUGAAUUUUCUGUUGCUUGUUCUCUGUUUCUCCAUUUCCCAUUUGUGAUUCAGAUUUGCGAUUUGGAUCUGAGUAAAUGGAUCGAGAAAAUGGCGACGGUGACAUAGAAGGCGGUGGCGGCGAUGAUGGUUUUCGCUCGGGCCGCAAGUAUCGUCCUGUCUUGGCCAAUGAUCGCGCGGUGCUCGAAAUGUCUUCCAUAGAUCCGGGAUCUACUUCUUCUUCCACUUCUGCAUUUACAGAUAUUCCUUCUAAUCUCAGAAAAGUGAAAACUAGUCGUAGUGGGAGUUCGGAUGCCAAAGAAGGCAACGCUUCUCAUCAGCAGCAACCUAAUGGAUCCCAGCAGCAGGAAUCUAAAUUGGAACUGUUCGGUUUUGACUCUCUUGUCAACAUUCUUGGUCUCAAAAGUAUGACUGGCGAGCAGGUUGCACAACCAUCAAGUCCUAGAGAUGGUGAGGAUAUAUCUAUCACUGCUGGCUUGCCAAAGCCUGCUGCUCCCAAACUUGGUACAUUGAUGGGUGUAUUUAUUCCAUGUAUACAAAGCAUUUUGGGCAUCAUCUACUACAUUCGUUUCUCUUGGAUUGUUGGCAUGGCUGGCAUAGGACAAACAUUGUUGCUUGUUUCUUUAUGUGGCACCUGUACAUUCCUUACUUCAAUAUCAUUGAGUGCUAUUGCAACCAAUGGUGCCAUGAAGAGGCUGCCACACAUGUUAACGGGACUGCAGUUACACAACCAAUAGAGAGUCCAAGUUCUCAUGACUUGCAAAUAUAUGGGAUUGUUGUGACUAUUUUGUUAUGCUUUAUUGUAUUUGGAGGUGUGAAGAUGAUAAAUCGGGUUGCACCUGCUUUUCUCAUACCUGUUUUAUUUUCAGUCAUCUGCAUAUUUUUGGGAAUUUUUGUGGCAAGGAAGGACCAUCCCACAGAGGGAAUUACUGGGCUGAAUUCACAGACAUUUAGAGAAAAUUGGAGUUCAGAUUAUCAAAAGACUAAUAAUGCUGGAAUUCCACAAACUGAUGGCUCGGUAACCUGGGAUUUCAAUUCAUUGGUAGGCCUCUUUUUCCCUGCUGUGACGGGAAUAAUGGCGGGUUCUAACCGAUCAUCCUCUCUGAAAGAUACUCAGCGAUCAAUUCCUGUUGGAACUUUAGCAGCAACUCUUGCAACUACUUGUCUGUAUUUUAUUUCUUUGGUGCUGUUUGGCUCUGUUGCCAGCAGAGAGAAGCUUUUAACUGACAGGCUACUCACAGCUACAGUUGCCUGGCCUUUUCCUUCAUUAAUUAAAAUUGGAAUUAUUCUUUCGACUAUGGGUGCUGCUCUUCAGAGCCUGACUGGUGCCCCACGUCUGCUUGCAGCGAUAGCCAAUGAUGAUAUUUUACCUAUUUUGAAUUACUUUAAAGCUGCAGAUGGCGGUGAACCACAUGUUGCUACCCUUUUUACUGCUUUCUUGUGUAUAGGAUGUGUCAUUAUUGGGAAUCUGGAUCUCAUCACUCCAACUGUAACUAUGUUUUUCCUUCUAUGUUACACUGGUGUCAACUUAUCCUGCUUCCUUCUUGAUCUACUAGAUGCCCCUAGUUGGCGUCCUCGGUGGAAAUUUCACCAUUGGAGUAUGUCCCUUGUGGGAGCAUUACUAUGCAUAGUGAUCAUGUUCCUAAUCUCUUGGUCAUUCACUGUGGUAUCUUUGGCCCUUGCAAGCCUCAUAUAUAAGUACGUGAGCAUUAAAGGAAAAGCUGGGGACUGGGGUGAUGGUUUCAAAAGUGCCUAUUUCCAACUAGCACUUCGUAGCCUUCGGUCCCUUGGAGCAAGUCAAGUGCACCCAAAGAAUUGGUAUCCAAUUCCACUAAUAUUUUGCCGACCCUGGGGCAAACUGCCAGAAAACGUUCCCUGUCAUCCCAAACUUGCAGAUUUUGCGAACUGCAUGAAGAAGAAAGGUCGAGGAAUGUCCAUAUUUGUCUCUAUACUAGAUGGUGAUUACCAUGAACGUGCUGAAGAUGCCAAAACUGCUUGUAAACAACUUAGCACCUACAUUGAUUACAAAAAUUGUGAAGGUGUGGCUGAGAUUGUUGUAGCCCCGAACAUGUCUGAAGGCUUCCGUGGCAUUAUUCAGACAAUGGGCCUGGGCAAUCUCAAGCCAAACAUUGUGGUGAUGCGUUACCCAGAAAUCUGGCGAAGGGAAAACUUGACAGAAAUCCCUGCCACCUUCGUUGGGAUAAUCAAUGAUUGUAUUGUUGCAAACAAAGCUGUGGUUAUAGUUAAGGGUCUUGAUGAAUGGCCGAACGAGUACCAGAGGCAGUAUGGUACGAUUGAUUUGUACUGGAUUGUAAGAGAUGGUGGUCUCAUGCUGCUUCUCUCUCAGCUCCUUCUUACCAAGGCGAGCUUUGAGAAUUGCAAGAUUCAGGUCUUUUGUAUCGCAGAAGACGAUGGAGAUGCAGAGGGACUGAAAGCUGAUGUGAAAAAAUUCCUUUAUGAUCUUCGGAUGCAAGCGGAAGUUUUUGUCAUAACAAUGAAAUGGGAUGCACAGGUGGAUGGGGGUGGUGGGUCUCCACAAGAUGAGUCGUCAGAAGCAUUUACUAGUGCUCAGCAGAGAAUUGAUGAUUACUUAACCCAGAUGAAGGUGAGAUCACAGAAAGAAGGUACUCCUCUAAUGGCAGAUGGUAAGCCUGUGGUUGUGAACGAGAAGCAGGUGGAGAAGUUUCUUUACACAACGCUAAAGCUCAAUUCAAUAAUUCUGAGAUAUUCAAGAAUGGCUGCUGUUGUAUUGGUAAGUCUUCCUCCACCUCCACUGAGUCACCCAGCAUACUUCUAUAUGGAGUACAUGGAUCUGUUGCUGGAGAAUGUACCAAGGAUUUUGAUUGUAAGAGGUUAUCGUAGAGACGUUGUAACUCUAUUCACGUAGUUUUAAGUGGAUGAUUCUAGGACACUAAUUACGCUUCUCCCUCACUGUUUAUAUUUUGUAGCUUACAUGCAAGUGCUCAUUCUUUGUACCAAUUUUCUUGCUGAAGAGGGUUUUUGUAUUCACCAGUUUUAUAGGAAAUAUGAAAUUAUUUUCAACCUUGUUAA